GGCUAGCAGUUAUACCUUAUAACGAAUAUAUUAAGGCAAUAAAAAGGCUGCUUAACCCAAAUGAUUUUGAAAUUGUUGAAUUUAUAGAAGAAGAAUGUAUCGAAAUUAUGCAAACACAUAUCCUUCAUUUAACUAUGACUAUGGAUAAUAAGCAUAAUAACUACUUCUUACCAGAAGAAACACAAUUACCAUUCUUCCAUGCCCUUCCUAAAGUUCACAAAAAUCCGUUAAAAUGCCGUCCUAUAGUAGGAAUGCAUUCAUCUUCUACUAAACGAAUUUCAGUUUUUCUGUCACAAAUUCUAAAAAACUGGAUAGAGGAAUUAGAAAAAUUAGAUCCAGAAAAUUGGACACCUUUAAGAGAUAACUUCUAA